AUGAGUUCACCAAAAAUGAAAGAAUUUCAAAGGUCGCUUCACGAUGUUAUCAUUAAACAAAUUUCACGUCACAAUCCACCUCCAAUAUCACAAAAAUGCGUUUCAACUCUUUUACAAAUAAUGAACAAUCUAUUAAAAGAACCUUAUAAUGAAAAAUUUCGUAAAUUACGUGAAAAGAAUCAUACAUUUAAUUCAAACGUUUUGCAAAUUGUUGGUGGCAAAGAAUUUUUAAUUAAAGUUGGAUUUAAAUCAAAGAUUGUAGAUUUUGAAAAAUCUUUCAUACUAGAAUUAAAAGGUACUGAUAAAAGUGGAGAGAAAAUUAGCGAUGAAUUAUUUUUAUCUAGACAAGUGGAAAGGUUGGAAAUUGCUCAGCAAUUACUUGAGGAUUAUUUGAAGAAAGUUACCGAACAAGCUGAAACUGUUAAGAGAAUGCAAGAAAAAGAAAAGAAGGCGGAGGAACUUCAAAAAGCCGCCAUUUUACAAAGCAUUGAAGAAGAUAAAGAACGUAGGCAUAAACAACAAGAGCGACUUAAAUUUCAUCGACAGCUUGAACAAGAAAAACGAGAACGUACAGAACAAAAUACGAAACUCGAACCACAAUCUGAGGAUUACGAAGAAGUUGAUUCAUUCGGACAGCAGAGAAUUGAUCAGCCCGAUCCAAAACCAUUUUAUCGUCCCUAUCACCACACACAUUUUGACAAAGAAAAAUAA